AUGUACCAACAUUUGUUCCUCCUGGUAGUCAUAGCCAUCAGUCCCAUCCCAGGAGCCUUCCAGGACUCAGAUCUCAGUCCUACCCAAGAAGAACCUGAAGAUCUAGACUGUGGCCGCCCUGAGCCCUCGGCCCGCAUCGUGGGGGGCUCAAAUGCGCAGCCAGGAGCCUGGCCAUGGCAGGUGAGCCUGCAUCAGGGAGCGGGCCACAUCUGCGGGGGCUCCCUCAUCGCCCCCUCCUGGGUCCUCUCCGCUGCCCACUGCUUCGUGACGAACGGGAGCCUGGAGCCCGCAGACCAGUGGUCGGUACUGCUGGGCGUGCAUUCCCAGGACGGGCCCCUGGACGGUGCGCACGUCCGUGCUGUGGCUGCCAUCCUAGUGCCACACAACUACACCAGAGUGGAACUGGGCGCCGAUCUGGCCCUGCUGCGCCUGGCCAAGCCCGCCAGGCUGGGCCCCGCCGUGCGGCCAGUCUGCCUGCCCCGCGCCUCGCACCGCUUCGCUCACGGCACCGCCUGCUGGGCCACCGGCUGGGGGGACGUUCAGGAGGAGGACCCUCUGCCUCUCCCCUGGGUGCUACAGGAAGUGGAGCUAAGGCUGCUGGGAGAGGCUGCCUGUCAGUGUCUCUAUAGCCGGCCUGGCCCCUUCAAUCUCACUUUCAAGCUGUUGCCAGGGAUGCUGUGUGCUGGCUACCCAGAGGGACGCAGGGACACCUGCCAGGGUGACUCUGGGGGACCCCUGGUGUGUGAGGAAGGAGGCCGCUGGUUCCAGGCAGGAAUCACCAGCUUUGGCUUUGGCUGUGGAAGGAGGAACCGCCCUGGAGUCUUCACUGCUGUGGCUCAUUAUGAGGCCUGGAUAAAGGAAGAGGUGUCCAGCUUAGAGCCUGGGCCUGCCUUUCCCAAACAGCCCCAGGAGCCCCAAUCAGGCCCCAGAGAACCCAAGGAGAACUGUACCAUUGCCCUGCCAGAGUGCGGAAAGGCUCCGCAGCCAGGGGCCUGGCCCUGGGAGGCCCGGGUGAUUGUGCCAGGAUCCAGACCCUGCCAUGGGGCACUGGUGUCCGAAAACUGGGUCUUGGCACCUGCCAGUUGUUUCCUGGACCCACCACCCCGCGACCUGGAUGCCUGGCGGGUGCUGCUGCCCUCGCGCCUGCGCGCGGAGCGGGUGGCGCGCCUCGUGCCGCACGAGAACGCUUCGUGGGAUGACACCUCGGACCUGGCGCUGCUGCAGCUGCGCGCGCCCGUGAACUUGAGCGCGGCCCCGCGAGCCGUGUGCCUACCCCACCUAGAACACUACUUUUUACCCGGGAGCCGCUGCCACCUGGCUCGCUGGGGCCGUGGGGAACCAGCGCCCGGCCCCAGCACGCAGCUAGAGGCCCAGCUGUUGAGCGGCUGGUGGUGUCAUUGCCUGUAUGGCCGUCAGGGGGCGACAGUGCCCCUGCCGGGGGACCCGCCGCAUGCACUCUGCCCCGCCUACCACGAGGAGGAGGAGGCAGGUCGCUGCUGGAAUGACUCGAGUUGGAGCCUUCUAUGCCGGGAGGAGGGGACCUGGUUCCUGGCUGGAAUCAGAGAUUCCUUCAGUGGUUGUCUCCGUCCCCGAGCCUUCUCCCCACUGCAGACUCAUGGCCCAUGGAUCAGCCAUGUGACCCGGGGAGCCUACCUGGAGGAUCAGCUAGCCUGGGACUGGGGUCCUGAGGGAGAGGAGACUGAGACACGGACUUGUCCCCCACACACAGAGCAUGGUGCUUGUGGCCUGCGACCAGAGGCUGCUCCAAUGGGAGUGCUGUGGCCCUGGCUGGCAGAGGUGCAUGUGUCUGGGAAUGAAGUCUGCAUUGGGAUCCUCAUAGCCCCAGGCUGGGUCCUGGCAGCCACUCACUGUGUCCUCAGGCUUGGCUCUACAGCAGUGCCUUACAUUGAAGUGUAUCUGGGCCGGGCAGGGGCCAGCUCCCUCCCACAGGGUCACCAGGUAUCCCGGUUGGUCAUCAGCAUCCGCCUGCCCCAGCACUUGGGACUUGGGCCCACUCUGGCCCUCCUUGAGCUGAGCUCCCGGGUAGAGCCCUCCCCAUCAACCCUGCCCAUCUGCCUUCACCCUGGUGGUGUACCCCCAGGGGCCAGCUGCUGGGUACUGGGCUGGAAAGGCCCCCAGGAUCGAGUCCCUGUGGCUGCUACUGUCUCCAUCUUGACACCACGACUCUGUCACUGCCUUUAUCAGGGCAUUCUGCCCCCUGGGACCCUCUGUGUCCUCUAUGCCCAGGGACAGGAGGACAGAUGUGAGAUGACCUCAGCACCUCCACUCCUGUGCCAGACUGAGGGAGGCUCCUGGGUCCUCAUGGGCAUGGCUGUCCGAGGAAGCCGGGAGCUCUUUGCUGCCAUUGGCCCUGAAGAGACCUGGAUCUCCCAAACAGUGGAGGAGGCCUACUUCCUACCGCCUAGUGGCUCUCCCUACUGGUCUCCUGAUGGCAGUGACCUCUGCCCCCCAGACAUGGCUGGAGCCUCAGGAUCCCCUCGGGUUGCCACUUUGUUCCUGUUGUUACUGACUCCCCUAAUCCAGGGCUGA